CCUGCCAGGAGCUAUCAUUAGACAAGGCAACACUGGAUUUUUUUUGACCCUGAAAAUGAACUUUAGGAGGAUUUUCCUAGUCAAGUGCUUGCUGCUUUUAUUUCCCAGUGUAAAAUGCUCCAGCACCAGCUGGAUUUACAAGGCAGUGAAUGAGACAGCUCUUCUCAGCAUCACUGCUCCUGGGAGCAUCUAUGAGGCCACAUGGAUGAGAGGCAGACAGAGGCUGGUUCAGAUGAAAGGUAAAAACGCUCGGCACUUUGUGAACAAGGAGCGGUGCAGGUGUGCGAUACUCCGGAACGGGACUCUGCAAAUCCAGCGCCUGGAGAAAGAGGACAGCGGAAACUACACGGUGGUGAUUUACCAGCAGGACGGAAAACUGCAGGCAGAAGAAAAUAUAAUGUUCUUUGUUCAGGAACCUGUCCCUCAGCCAAUCCUCACCGGUGAAUGCAGGAAUAAAAGUUUAUCUGUCAAGUGUGAAGUGAAACAGAAGGUUAAGGAUGAAGCAAAAGAGAAGGCUAAGGAUGAAGCGUUUAUAAUAGAACUGACUCAACCCAGUGGCAAAAAAAUCAUGAAGAAUGCAACAGUGCUGGAAUGGCGCGGGUGGAAUUCUGGGACGUUCAGAUGUGUUGCUAAGAACCAAGUCAGUGAAAAAAUGGCUGAAAAAGUAAUUAAGUGUCCAGGCAAGAUGGACUUCUAUCUCAUCUUAUGCAUAGCAGGAGGUGUAGUCUUCUUUGUCAUCUUUGUGGCUUGUCUUAUUUAUUGUAUCAGAAGGAGAAGAAAAAGGCAUGAAGUUUGCGAGGAGGAGCGAGGGAUGCAGGCUCUGCCCGUGGACCGCGAGAGGGGGAUGCGGGAGCUGCCUCAGACCCCGGCCGAGCCCACCCCGAAGCAGGAUAUGGAGCACUGA